AUGCGAUGUCGUUUUGUGUUGCAGACGGAGCAGCUGACAGUUCUGUGGAUCCUUUUCGCUCUGAUCGUGCUCGGCAACUCGGCCGUGCUCAUAGCGCUCUACCUCAACAAGAACCGCAAAUCCCGCAUGAACUUCUUUAUCAUGCAGCUGGCGUUUGCAGACCUGACGGUCGGCCUCAUCAAUGUGUUGACGGACAUCGUGACAAGGAUCACCAUUGUAUGGUACGCGGGCAACGUGGCCUGCAAGAUCGUACGUUUCCUGCAGGCAGUCGUUACGUACUCGUCGACCUACAUGCUGGUGGCACUGAGCAUUGACCGCUACGACGCAAUCACGCACCCCAUGAAUUUCUCAGGAAGCUGGAGGCGGGCACGAGCGCUCGUGGUGACAGCCUGGGGUCUCAGCUUCCUUUUCUCCAUACCCAGCAUGAUCUUUUUCGAGGAGCAGCCCAUCCAAGGGCACGCGCAGUGCUGGAUCGACUUCCCGCACAACUGGCAGUGGCAGGUCUACAUGACGCUGGUGGCGGUGGCGCUGUUCAUCGUGCCCACGGUGAUCAUCUCGGCGUGCUACGCCGUCAUCGUGUUCACCAUCUGGAGCAAGAGCAAGCUGCUGGCGCCCAGUGUGCGGCCGUCCAGGUACUCCGCCAGCCGUGGCAACAGCCGUGCGGGCAGCGGCGUCGGCAGGGGUCCGGCGCCGACCUUCUCGGACGAUCAGGACUGCCGGCGCGCCAGCUCGCGGGGACUCAUACCCCGGGCCAAGAUCAAGACCGUCAAGAUGACAUUCGUCAUCGUCUUCGUGUUCGUGCUGUGCUGGAGCCCGUACUUCGUGUUCGACCUGCUGCAGGUGUUCGGCCACGUGCCGAGGACGCAAACGAUGGUGGCGCUGGCGACGUUCAUACAAAGUCUGGCGCCGCUCAACAGCGCAGCCAACCCGGUCAUCUACUGCGUCUUCUCCACGCAGAUAUGCCGCACGCUCAGGAAGCUGCCGCCGCUGCGCUGGCUGUCGGUGUGCUUCCCACGGCAGGCCGGCCGCGAAGGACGGCGCAUCCGCUACGACACCACCUCCACCGUCACCGAGACGCUCACGCAGCCGUCAGGAAAGAAGAAGGGACUCUGUCUACAGUGGAUAUCAAAUGCUGAUGUCAAUCUUGCUACACAUGAAGAGGAAAUAAAAAAUUAG